CCGCCGCCGGGGGACUCUCUCUAGCUGGUCCCGGGGGCGGCUCGCACUCUAUGACCCUGGAGGACCCGCUCCGCUAUCCCGGAGGACUCGCUCUAUCCGGUCCCGGGGGCGGCUCGCACUCUAUGACCCUGGAGGACUCGCUCUCUCUGGCGGCCGCCCGCUGCCACGGGUCGCAUAUCCCGGCACGCCCCGCGGCCGCACCAGUCCCGCCGCUCCCCGCGGCAGCCUCACUUCCGGCCCGGGCGCUAAGAUGGCGACGCCCAUGCACCGGCUGAUUGCCCGCCGACAGGCGGAGGCAAACAAGCAGCAUGUGAGGUGUCAGAAGUGUUUAGAGUUUGGCCACUGGACGUAUGAAUGUAAAGGGAAGAGAAAAUACCUGCACAGGCCUUCAAGGACAGCUCAGCUGGCCAAAAUCCUUAAGGAGAAAGAAAAGCAACUCCUGCUGCAACAGAGUGCUGGAGAAAGUGCUGCAGAAAAGAAGACCAAGAAAAAAAGGUCCAAGAGUGUGACCAGUUCCAGCAGCAGCAGCAGUGACAGCUCAGCCAGUGACUCCUCCUCUGACAGCGAGGACUCCUCUACCUCCUCCUCCUCCUCAGACAGUGACAGUGAGGACAGCAGCUCCUCCUCCUCCUCCUCCUCCAGCAGCUCUUCCUCCUCCUCCUCUGACUUCGAGUCAGACUCCAGCUCCUCCAGCAGCAGCAGCAGCAGCAGCACAGACAGCAGCUCUGAGGAUGAGCCCCCAAAGAAGAAGAAGAAGAAAUAGCUGGGGAGGAGCAGGACUGGUGUGGAGUGAGCGACACGGCCCUCGCAGGGGCUGGAGCACACGGCUGCCAAACGUUCAACAUUUCUACUGCUCCAGUUUCUAAGGGUUUUCCGUGGUUAUUCAUAGGACAUGGAAGAUGCUAAAUGGCACGUGAGACUUACUGAGAGAGUAUUUUUGUGGUUUAUCCUUUUAUGAAAAACUUUACUUUUUUAGUUUGUAAAAAAAAAAAAAUCUAUCAUCAGAUUUGUUUAUAUGAGCUAAAAUCCAGUAAUCUGGAUGUUUACAUGCUGGAAAACAAAAGCGUUUUAUUGCAGAUCAUGCUGUGCAUCCUGUGCUGUUCCCCUGUUAAUGACAGCUUCACUUCCACUGAGAAAAAUCCUCUAAACUGUUAAAAGCAGAAGUUUUUCAGUGCUGCUGUGGAGCUCUGGCAUUGUUGAACCUGAAUGCACACCAUGUCCCACACAGAGCCUCCAUCUCACUGGUGACAGAUGGAUUCUGUGCUGCUGAGCUUGUGUUCCAAUGGCUUUUCCUGAUGCUUCCAGGUUGAGUCUUAGCUGCACCAUCCAGUGGAGCUGUGCUGAUUUGCUGCUGCUCAGUGUCGUGCUUGUCCUGGGCUUUUCACUCCCCCGUGUCUGUGUUUGGAGGUGUUUGCUGAGUGCUGGUGAGCAGCAGCUCCCUCACUCGGGGCUGCUGCUGCUUUAGGGGUUUCAUCUUGGUGCCUUCCUUUCUGUCUUGGGUUGCCAUGCAAGGUGUAACCAAAAGGAUGUGUUGUAUUCCCAGCUGCUGAAACCAACUGGGGAGGUGUUUUUAUCUCUUCUAUAACCCAUUCCUCAUAACUCUGAGAUGAAGGGGGUGUCUUCUGUUCACGGGCAGCUGUUAAACCAGCUGGGGCAGUGUUCUUAUCUCUUCCAGGACCCAUCCUCCCUGCAGGGGAUAUCUGCUGUCCAUGGGCCAUCCCACUGGGAAUUCCUUGUUUUCUGUUAAAUAAACGAAUUAAAUUAAAUAUUUAAUUUUUUUCCUGGUGUUCUGAAAUUGAGAAUUUAUCCAGGUGGGAAUGCUGGGUUCUUCCCCUGGGUGCAGCAUCUCCCAUGGAUGAUGGAAUUGGAUCAGCCCUGCAGGGAGCCUCGAUGGCCCCUGGACAGCAGAGAUCCCCUGGAGGGAGGAUGGGUCCUGGAAGGGGUAAGAACACUGCCCCAGCUGGUUUAACAGCUGCCCAUGAACAGAAGGCAUCCAUCCCUUCUCCCCUGGAGUUAUGAGGAAUGGUUUAUAGGAGAGAUAAGGAAAACACCUCCCCAACCAGUUUUAACAGCUGGGAAUACAAUAAAUCCUUUUGGUUUCAUCUUGCACUGCAACCCAAGACGCUUUUGUAAAUUCAGUGUACCCCAGUGAGACAAGGGCUGGAGUGGGGGUUCAGCAGAACUCCAUCAGAAUAUUCCCAUCCAAAAUAUUGUCACCAAAACCAGAGGAAUAAUAGCAAACAGAACUGGGCACUGUUGUCACUGGAUGCUCAGUGAAAAAGAGACUCCUUGAAAUGAAGGUCUCAAAGGAAGGUGCUCCCCUUUGGAAGUGUUUCCCAAGGAAUGUGGGCCAUGCAGGGGUGCCAGGCUGUGUUGGUGGGUGCUGAGUGAGGUCUGCAGGAAUUCAGUCACUCUUUGAUUGUGGGAGUGAGUGCAAAACCCCCACAAACCCAACAAAAGCAGAUCCAAACACCUGCAGAACUGGGAUUGCUGGAUUCAGAGUGGGAAUUAUUUGUGUUUCUGGUGGGUUGAAGCAGUUGCUGUUAGUAUUUUAUUUGGUGAUGCAGUCUCCUGAAUUUCUUAUUGUUGGAGUGCCCUUUUUGGGGAGGGGGCAUCACUUGUGGAAGAAUUUUCCAGUAUCUUGGUUUAGGUUAAAUACAGUAACUAAACUAUUUUUUAUAUUUUUAUGGAAAAAGUAGUGUGUAGACUUACUUUGGAAUAAACUGUACUUAUUUAAAUGUUUGAAAAUACCUGUGUUGUGUGUCUGUCUGUGACCACUCCUGUGUUUUACAGAACACGCUGCAGACUGUAAAUAAAACCACCAGAAAGGUGUUUUAAGUCUUGUGGAGUCAAUGUACCAUUUAAUGGAAAAGUAAAUAAAUUAUUAAACAAUA